AUGGACAUCUGGUCUGGAGCCAUUGCGCUGGACAGGCAAUCUCAGCUUCGAGGUUUACGUCUAAUCGACCCGACGUCGAAUUGGCAAUCGGAUACACUCAAAGACUCAAUUUUGGCCUUUCGCUCCUUCGUUAAUCCCGCACUAAUACCGGUUUAUGCGAGAACUGGACCGAGCCUUGAAGUACACACAGCUGACAUUGAAACAUCACAAUGGCUUAAGAGCAAAUUGCUGGGCAAUAUAUGGUUGGAGGAGGAGGAACUAGAAAAGUUCGAGACGUUUCAAUGUCCGGUUGGAAUCCUUCUCAGUAUCAACAGACCAUCGGGAACCAAGGCCUCUGGUCUCCUUGCAACAGAUCUAUUGGUCUAUGGUGUCUUGUCAAGCGCAGCCUCGUUUGAACGGCCACCUACUCCGCCUAUCUCAUCUUCGCCCGGGUCGAGUGAGUAUGCAUCUCAUGUUCAUAAGCAGGAGUUGAGGAUCUAUGCGACCCCCCUCUCUUCAUCCCUCAUCACAAAGACUCAGGCUCUUUGUUCCCCACCGCGAAAUCCGGACGGGCUCGCCAGCGAUGGUCGAUUUUCUGAAUUUCUUCCGGACAUUCGGUCACCCAGUCCCAAGCGUAAACGAGUCGCUACGCUGUUUGAGACAGCUGCUCAGCACCACAAGAAAGUGCGACAGAAAGGAGGAGAGGCAGUGUCCCAGUUGAUGGCCAGCUCACUUUCUCAUUCUUCCCAACAUCGGCAGACUCUCAGAAUCAAGCGUGAGUCCGAGGAACCGUCACUUCCACUAUUAGAAAGGAUAGUCUCUCAGCGGUCGCGGUCAUUGUCCAUUGGAGCCAAUCUGCAUCCCCUCAAACCGUCUGAUCUUCGAAAUGAACAGUCCCGACCCAGCAGCCGCAGAAGUCACUUUACUUCGCGAAAGAACACCCCGAAUCCAUUCUUGGAAUCUACCUCCCGAAGGCAACAGUCGCCGGCGUUACCCUCUUCGGAUGACAAGUUGGAGCCUUCUUCGACACCUAAAGAUGCAGAAACCAUUGUUUCUGAGAAUAAAAACACCAUCACUCGUACCAUCUUGACAUGCAUGCGAUUGUACGGCUUCAAUCGCUCAUCGCGAUCUACAAGCACAGCCAAAAAUGGCAACGGGACGAAUUCCGAUAUAAAUUUGCCCACGGAGAUAGGGGCAACAUCCAGUACCGACGAAGAUGAGUUCAAGACCAUGUAUCAUGCAACUUAUCGCGCAUCAACAUUUGCCCUCCGCAAGUAUCUGAAGGAAUGCUCCGGCACCGGCGCAAAGGACCUUCCGCCUUUGCUAGAAAAAGAAAAGGCAAUGACAUAUAUAGACGAGUUUUUGAGACUAUUUUGUGAAGAGCAUUAA